AUGUCGAGCAUUACUGUUUUGACUGCCUCAGUCACCAAACUCAUGACGGUUUUUGACCUAUUCUUCAAUACCAACAUGCGUCUGCACCAAGCACUCUAUCUUCUUGGGAUAAUCAUAUCCGUCUACCCUCUUGUCCAUUUACAUCUAAAUCAGCGCGAAGAAGUGUAUCGUGGCUCACAUGAGACAGGCUGGAUUCACAGUGUUCGGACUCUGCUCUCUCGCGCCCUUUCAGCCACAAUGGAUGAAGAUCAACAGAUGUUCACACCAAUCAACUUCGCAAACGAGUGGGGGACCCGAGUUUCGGAUGAUUUGGCCUACAUUUAUCGGUUUUUGGGUAUCGAAGAUCUUGUGCAGAAUGGGACAAAAGUAGACGCUCUUUUCCACACCCUAUUCCGCCCACCCCGACAGAUUCUGGUCACAACACGUUUGAACUGCAAGUUCUGUCCUGUCGGACAUCGCAAUAUGCUCCCCUCCCUUCGUCGACGAAGAUCUGGAGGCAAUGCCCAAGUCUGGCUGCUGGAUCAAACCUUCCAAUGGGUUCAAGCUGACCUUCUGGUUGCCCAGUGUGCACGAUGUAAAGCGGAAUAUUAUCCAGAUCGAGUCACUCGGCCAUCAUUGGUUCGCGGCAAAAGGAUUGAGUGGUUAGAGCCUCACCCUUCGUUUAUCCGCAUAUCUGUUCAUGGAGUAUGGGUCAAUCAAGCGGUUGCAAGAGCCCAAGAAAAAGCUCUUCACCGUUUCCAUUCGGGCUGGGCCAAUUUCGCAGAUUGGAUUAAUGAUGGGCUUGCAGCUGAAGCACCCAAAAAGCUGACCUACCGUCAGUCUAAACGUCUAUUCCUCGAACAUUUCUCGCGUCGCCUGUUACUUGCACAUGGUAAAUUGUCCGACUUCACACUCCCGGCCAAUUCAAGUGCCGACACUCUUGCUGCUGCUGUUCGAGAGAAGAUUGGCAAAAAUCGAGGAAUUCUACCUGGCGCACUUGAGCAUGGGUGUAUGGACUGUACCCAUAUCAAGCGCUAUCGGUCUGACAAUGAGCCGGGAGUUGUCAGUGGUCGAAGCACUGAUGUUGCAGGGUUGGAGGAGUCUACAGAUGAGUUGGACUUGCCGCCACCCGAUCUUCUGGCCGCUGAGCUUCCGCCCAAUAUUCACCCAGUGUCCGUGAAUCAAGAUGCUCCUGCCGCAGAAUAUAUUGCCUCGGAAAACGGCGAAGAGAUCACCAUCCCUUCCUUGGAGAUUGAGCUUCCGGAGCUGGAAGGCGUGGCCUGGAACAAGGUAGAACACACCUUCAAACCCAAGACAACUUACUGUUUGGAGACUGCUCAAUGGGCUUGCGGCUGGCCAAUCGGAUGGACCAAAUGUUAUCGUGCAGAGAGUCCCUCUGCUGUGCUUGAGUUUCUCAACUUCCUCUGGGAUGGAAACCUCGACGCACGUCCAGGCUUUGUAACAUACGACAAAGCCUGCGAGCUUCUGCGACACAUUGUUACUCAGAACGCAACAAGCGAUUGGCUCAAGACCAGCAAAUUCAUUGUAGACGCAUGGCAUUAUAUUGGACAUCGAGCCACCGACAUCUUGUGCCGAACCCGCUGCAAUCCGGCCCCAACUGACGGCUCACAGCCAGACUUGGUCGUCGUUGAUGAAGACGACAACGGAGUGCAGCACCAAACACGCGCAUUCAACACUGAAACAGCUGAGCAACUUAAUUCAUGGCUCAACGGGUUUGAAUCACAGCUGCGACAGAUGACUGACAUUAACUAUGACUUCUAUAUUCAUGUCUUGAUGCUACUGUACAGCGAAAUUGUAGCCAAACGCAUCGAAUCCAAGGGCCGCGAGUUGGGGGAAGGUUUUUUUGAUAUUGUAAAUGGCGAUACUGAGAUGGAUUUAAACUAG